AUGCCUUCAACCAUUCCGAUAAGUCAGGAUGCUUUCAUGUAUCAGGUUCAUCAUAUCUUCUUGCCACCAAAGCUUCCGCAGAAAGACGACUUCGAUGCCUCGCAUGAGCAGGAAUUAUUGAAGAAUGUCCUCAGUGCCAUGGAGACAUUCAAGGGCUACAUAGACCAUUCCCCAAAUUUUGAAGCCGCCAUUGGCAUGGUUCGGACUAUGAUUCGUAGCAGACAAGGUGGUUUCCUCAGCACCGAGUUCGUCAAUUCUGUCUUGCUGAACAUGAAAGAUGGUGAUUGUCUAGGAUUCUGCGUCAGAAGCCAGAACUUUGGGCUGUUGUUGACUAGGGUUGAAGAGGUUGUUCGCUUCGAGGGAUUUGAACUCCUCGCCUCAAACUCUCAAGUUAUCGGGUGCAAGGGGAGACUGCGACGAACAUUUCCAAACACCUGCGUUGAGCUCAGCUUUCGCAGGUUCAAGGACCCUUCCUUUCCGGAAAUGCUGGCCGAUCUCAUCGUCGAGCUGGACCGCACAACACAUCCAAGCUGCCGUCCCAAAGCAGCGAAGGCAAAAAAAGCACAAGACGAGGUGCGCGAAACGGUGAAUCCAAAUCUCCUUUUCAUGGUGAACGGCAUUCUUCGUGGUCUGGGGGACGGGUGCGCAUAUAAGCAGAUCCUUAAGCAUAGCCGCGAGGAGACUCUUUAUCACGAUUCUAAGGUCGGCUGGCACAGAUCGGCUUGUUGGCUUUUUCUUCGCGUCUCACUUCAGCUUGCACUCGACAGAGAAGAGACAGACCAGAGCCUGUUCAAGGAGCUCAUGGCUUUUCUCAUGGGUACAUUGCUUGAGCAGGGCAUAUCUAUGAAUUUGCCCAGUCAUCUGUUGCAUUGCAUGCUGGCCAAAGUCAAUCGUCGUCAUCUGAAGUUGCUUAACGUCCUCGGUUCAGAAUCCAAGCCUCGAUGGGUGUCCUAUACUUUGGACAUGAUGCAGCGAGCCAGCUCGAGAUUGCAAGAGACCUGGUCACUCAUUCAAAAGGACAAUAUACGACCGAUCAAACUUUCCAAGCUAGAGAAAGUUCAAUUUGACGAGGAUACUCGCUUAAGCUUAGCCAACUUGAAGCCGUAUCUCGACGGGGUAUCUGAUCCCAAACGUUGUACAUCAUCACGGGCCCCGAGCGAUCGGAACGGCGGAUUUGCUUUUAGCAGAGCACGUGUCGACUGCCUUCCUAGCCCUUCGUUUGACGGUGAACCUAGCAUUUACCUUCAGUUGAUUGAUUUUGAGAAUUGGGUCUCCGAGAGCCUGCAGACGUGGUUAACCAGCCACGCUAGCUCAAGGUCAACGUGGAAAGACCUGUCCGGCCUGUUGGAGAACUAUCACUCAGCGGCAUCAAAGGCUUACGACAAGAAUCCAAUCAACCUUUCGCAUAUGUGGUUGACCAGCAUGGAAUUGUGGGUCGCCGUCGAUGCGUCUGUCGUUUCACGGUGCGGUCUCCUACACGACUACAAAAUUGGGUUCCCAAUCGGUUUACUGGAGCCAUUGACUUUAGUGACUAAGGAUCAAAUGACACGUCUUCGGAAAGUCGAAGAGUACCUGUCUCGACGAGACGGUCAGGCAAAGCACAACUACCCACAGGCAUUUGAGGGAUUCGGCCGUCCUGACGCAUUCGCCGCACGCUUCUACAAGGGUUCCGAAGAACACCGGGCCCUCCACGAGAAGAUCCUACAGUCGGCCAAAAAGGCCCGAUUGGAGAAGCUCCAAGAGCUGGAGUCGAAGAAGCGGACAUACAAUGACUUGAAGGCUCGCCAUAGUUGCACAACGCAUGAUCAACAUGAAGUGGAAAUGUAUUUGGGAUGGGAGCAACAAUGUCUGGCCAGCUGCUCAAAGUGCCGGCUUCAACAUGAAAUGUGCAGCAUGAAGAUCUCUGUCCACGAGUGGCCAUUGCCUGACCAACAAAAUGAAGCAGAGGCUGUCGUUUUUGAGCUACAAGUCCCUGAUUUCAUUGCUUGCUGGCGACGAAUAACACUGAAGCUGCUCAUUGACAUGCUUAAAGACCGCGAUUUGUCUCUAUCGGGAAAUGGCAAUGUUUACUAUGCCGUGGAACAUAGUGAUCUUGCUCCCUUUGUAUCCAACGCAAGCAAUAGCAGACUCCAGCUAGGAUCGACCGUCAAACCUUUUACGGUUGCUCAUUACCGCAAUCUACUGGUGUCCGAAGCUGAUAGGAGCAAAGUCUGCCAGAACCACGGCUGUCAGUACGAGUACUACGACACACAACAUACUGAGCAAGUAUCUCGGCUUUUAGGAAAGUCUGCGAUUCCGCGAAAAUGCUCCUUCGCACAUCUUUCGAGCUUCCCUGUCCCCCAGUGGAUCGGUGGGUGCGAUCACACAUCCAACCAGGUGGUUGCUCAGCAGUUCUUGAGUCCGCAAUCCAUGGUCCUAGAGGAAUUCAAGGCAUUUGGUCAUAUACGAUCCGGCCCCCGUCUCCAAUGGUAUCAAAUACUGACGCAACUCAUGGUAACGUCGGUGGACUUGAACAAGGUCGAAACGGCCCUUCUGUUUCUCCAGGCCGCUUACCAGGCUGGACCUAAUAUUGAUGGCGCACCUAGCCCCUAUCGCGAUUCUCACAGAGUCCUUGCUAGCAGAGAGUUUGGCCAACCCUUUCUUAGAGGCCUGUGGACUACGCUGGCACGGGUUGAGGGAAGCUGGGAGUGCGAAGUCACUCUGCUUAUCCUCUCGUGCCUUUGCACCAGACUUCUGUCAUGUUCGCCCAUGGCUGAUAUCCAUCGGGGGUGUUUCAAGCUUCUCGCCCGUAUCAGAUUGCUUUCCCGUCGCUGGGUUACGAUCCUUGUGGAGAAGUGGUCUGCAAGCGCCGUAGAGGCCGAUAGGAAUGAACUCAACCAGCAGGGGCUCCGAAUGGCGCUCGUAUGUAUCAGUACAUACGAUGUGGAUCACAGAAACCUCCAGCAUAUUCUCUCUACCGACGAAGCGAUAACUCAUUUCAUCGAGGUCUCUAUCAUCAUUCAUGAUUCCCACAAUCAGAAUGGUCCUCCGCCUCCGGGAUCAGCGUUAACUUUGAUUGGGCUCCAAUUGUGGCAGAGACUGUGCUAUCGGGUGCAGAAGUUUGUCUCCGGGAGAAUCGAGCGCUUGCGACAUUGCCUGGACCAAGCGGUUAGGACAUUCUGGCAGACAUACCAGCCCGGACACGCCUCAUGGUCGCUAAUCGAUAGCGAAACCAGAGCCCACAUUCUAGUCUCGACAUCAUCAUGCGACCUCCCCGUCAGUCUCAACCUGCUUGACGGUAGUUUGCUUGUGGAUGGCCGACCGUUGUCUCGACUUCCGUCUGCAUACCAAAAUCAUCUUACGUACUUGCAACUAUUCGGAACACAAGUCAUCAGCAUUGUUCCGUCUGAUCAGACAGGUAUGGAGUUCUCGGCCACCCGAACGCAGCACGGUUGGACGGUGCACUUUGCCAUGGCUCAAGGGGACUUAAUCAUUCGCGCACAAAUCGACGACUCGAUAUGGGAGUUCAUCCCACCCUGGAAGUUGGCCGGCGAUUUCCCAACAGAGUUCACCAACUCCUAUAGUCAUUGGCUAAAUGUUGAUACCGGAAUGGUGGAGUUCCGUCUGUUCGACGAGCCGUGGAAAUCCGGAGACCUUUUGUGGCGCACUUAUCCUAUAGACGGCAGAUUAGUGCUUCGGAGUGAUAAUUUGCGACUGAUAGAUCCUGAAAGCGAGACUGCGGCGAUUCUCGCCGAAGCGUUUAGACCUAUUGAGGACUCUGGGUUCAUCAACAUCUUCCUUAACACGAUUUCGAACACUCUCGAGAUCAAUCUAUGUCGAUACGACCUUUCCUUUACUCUAGAAGCGAGCAGUUCCGCACUUCGCUCAAAGAAUCAUCGUGGCAUGCUUAUCGAUGGAGAUCAAUCCCUGCAGUCUCUUAUUGGAUUACAAACUCGACUUAUCCUUCGUCCUGAAUCUCCUACGAGUAACGAUAUGAGGCUAGUCAUAAUUCCACAAGGAGCUCUGUCAAGUGAAAGUGGAAAAUGGGGUCAUCCAGUGACUCGCAUCAACCCAAUCACUUCCGCUCAGUCCUCAGUCGUGGGCUACCCUGCGGUCAUACCACGUCGAAAGUACGACUUCUUUCGCGUUAAUAUUGCCCUAGGACAACUAGUCGAUAGCGGCUCACUGCAGAGCAAAUUAUUACUGUGCCAUAUUCACGCGGCAACCUCGCACUGCCUGCCGGAUCCGCUGACAUGCCGAACUGGAACAGAGCAGGCGUUACGUAUCCUCAGGUCGGCAGCGAUGUCAUCGUUUGAGAGAUUGACCAACCAGGAUAUCACAAUGCUGUCGGACAUAUCUUUUAUGAGCCCUAGGCGCCGGUUCUACCCCGAACACUUGAGAGUCAUGCAGGAGAUCAAAUGGAGGGCCGUGUAUGAUCCAUUAGCGCAGAAUGACGAGUUCUUUCAGGUUGUCCAAGAGAUCAUGCGCAAGGGUAUGAGCUGUGAGAUGUUUUUCCCCGACAAGAGAUCUAUCGAAGAGCUGAAGGGCAUCGAGACGGACCUGGCGAAGAGGGCCUUAAUUCGAAAUUCCACCUUCCGAGUCGACGGUUUUGGAGCCGAACAUCACACGUCGAUACACGACAGGCACUAUCGGGGCCGUGACCAAAUCGAGGGCUCAGCCCUUGAGAAGCUGGAGCGUGAGGCUUAUCAAAUCACGAGGAACCUUGCGACCGGAAAACAGUACUUACUGGUCCAGCCGCUACUUUCUCCACAGACUCUGUAUAGAGUGAUGGGUAGCGAAGUUGACGGAUCGACAGCUCUGUUUCCGCCGGAAUCCUGCAAAUUUAACCAUGGUUGGCUUGAUAAGCCAUCAGACUCCAUCGGUCGCAAGUGGUGCAGAAUCCAGAAGUACUUGUCUCGCGUCGAUUUGCGCAGAUCAAAGUACGAUUUAAUUUCCUUCUUCAGUGCCCUGGUCUUUGCGGAAGAAGCAGACUUGCAGGUCAUCCAGGUGCUUCUGGCGAUUGCCUGCGUCCCAGCCCUUCGAACCCUGCCACAACCACAAUUUGCGACCUACAAGCUCAGCGAUGGUAUUUACCCCCAAACAUCCAAACUAAAGCAGUGUAUCGAAUACAAAGAGUACGACUUCACCUUAUGUCCAGAGUUCCGCUUAGAACAACUCCAUAGGGAGACGACAAGUAGAUAUCUUGCAAGACGGACCCAGGCUUGGAAAAGUAAGGUCGCGAAAGUCUCUCAAAUUUUCGUCUCGCAGCUCACAAGACAAUGGCAAGCACAAGUGCCGAAUGAGCCGAGCGGAGAGCAGUUCACGACGUACUUUAACGUAGCAGCUGUCAUGCCUGAGAUACACGGAUGCUUCGAGUCCUGGCAUAAGAACCUCCAGCUAGAAGAGCAUCUAAAAGUGAUUAUCUCUAACCUAGAGAAGCUCACGGUGGAUCCAUAUGACGUUGAAUCAUACGUUACCACUGAAACAAGACUCGGACCCGCCGAGAGGGGCCCUGUACAGACAUAUAUCGCGGGUUCCGACCUCUUUUCCCACGAUGCGCCAACGAUGAAGUGCAAAGCUCCUUCGGGAUUUGAAGACUGGUGUCAACCUGCUGCCUCUGAGACGCACCCCACGAACAGCGUGACGAAUAGGUCCGGGGAUCAAGACGGGGGAAGCCUGGCUGAUUCUUUCCAGACCGUCUUGGACACGCUUCGUGUCUGGGCAAUACGAGAGUAUCAACACGAGUACGUGAAUUCGCUUGAAGCAAGUUCUCAAAGUCCCACCCUGGAAGCAGACCCGGGUGCUGUAUUACGUAACGAUAAAGAUCUGCUUCGCCUAAGUCUCGAGCAACAUGUGCAUUACUGCUCUUCGCAGGCUGCAUCGUUCCAGGCCGAUCUAUUCAAACACCUCCGCGGGUCGGAAGAUAGUCUCGGCAUUGCCUUCUCCAGCAAAUGUUUCCCCAGGAUCAGUCCUAUCUUCCUCCUCGAGCAGCUGAACAGACACAAUUGGGGGAAGCUAACGAUGGCCUGGCGGCAGUGCAUUGUCGAAUGGGCGGUUUCGCUGACGCAUCUUCAACGGGCACAGCGCAUGUUGGCUACGGCUGGCAAAACCAACGAGCUCAUGAAGGAGGUAAAGAACGUGGGCCAUAGUUGGGACCCUAUGGAAUUCCCGGAGUCGCUGCUCCUCGAAGUUGAAAGCGGCCUUAUGAUCAGGGACGUGCAGGAGAAAAUUGCGGCUCCGAUGAGGAACUCGUCGGGCAAUUCGUGCAUGCAGCUGAAUAUGGGCGAAGGAAAGUCUUCAGUCAUCGUUCAGAUAGUGGCCGCUGUCCUUGCUAAUGGAAAGCAACUUGUCCGGGUUCUCGUCGCGAAGCCCCAGUCCAAGCAGAUGCGUCAUAUGCUGAUCACUAAGCUGGGAGGGCUCUUGGAUCGACAAGUCUUCUUCCUCCCCUUCUCACGAUCCGUCGGCAUCGAUUCCCAAAAGAUCCAACAGAUUCAGUAUACCUUGGAAACUUGUAUGAAAACCGGCGGAGUACUGCUAGUUCAACCGGAGCACCUCCUAUCUCUGAAGCUUAUGGGAAUUGAGAGUGUAGGCGCUAAAGACGAGACUGGAUGUAACAGGCGUGAUCUUUCGAAAGGGGCUCAGCUUAUCCGGUUACAGAACUUCAUGGAUACCCAUUCCCGCGACAUCGUCGACGAGAGCGACGAGAACUUCAGCGUCAAGUUCGAGCUCGUUUACACGAUCGGGACCCAGAGCGCCAUUGAGAUGAGUCCUGAUCGCUGGAUCAUUAUCCAGAGUGUUCUGAGUCUGGUGCAGAGAUACGCCCCAGAGAUCCAAAGGUCGAAUCCAGGUGGAGUCGAUCUAGGCAAGUCGGUCCACGGCGGUCAAUUUGCAACACUGCGGCUCUUAAAUAACUCUGCAACGCAAUUGCUACUGCGAAAGGUUGCUCAACACAUUUGCAACAAUGGUCUUCACGGACUCGCCACAGGCCAUCAGAAGCCAGUUAUUCGACAAGCUGUCUUCACUUACAUAACCGAGUUCUUGUUGACCGAUGAGGCCUCGCUGGUGGAGAAAGACGAAGCCGGCUUCUUCUGCGGUACAGCCAAGAGUAUAUUAUUGCUACUACGGGGUCUGUUUGCCGGCGGCGUGCUAGCAUUUGCCUUCGGGCAGAAGCGAUGGCGUGUCAACUACGGUCUGACUUCUCGAAACCCACCCACAAUGCUCGCGGUCCCGUACCGAGCAAAGGACUCACCAGCUCCACGUGCCGAGUUCAGCCACCCGGACAUGGUUAUCAUGCUCACAUGCCUAAGCUACUAUUACGGAGGCCUGUCUAACGACGAGCUGGAUAUCUGUUUCGAGCAGCUGAAGCGGUCCGAUCAGGCCGAAAACGAGUUUGCUUCGUGGGCCGAAAGCUCGCCAGCGCUGCUCCCGGCUUUUCGCCAGCUAGGUGGUGUCAACCUAAAGGAUCGUGAGCAAUGCCUCGAGCAUAUAUUUCCCGCCUUAAGUUAUUCCAAGGUCGUUAUUGAUUUCUAUCUCCACACUAUCACGUUCCCUAAGGAAAUGGUCGAGUUCCCUAUGAAACUAUCGGCUUCCGGGUGGGAUCUGGCGAAACCCAAAGCACACGCCCUCACUGGAUUCAGCGGAACGUGUGACUCGAAAUAUCUUCUUCCUUUAGAUAUCCAGCAUCUCAACCUCCCUGAGCAAUCCCACACAAAUGCUACGGUCUUACGGUGCCUGCUGCGCCCGGAGAACCUAGUUAAGAAUCUCGCUCUGGAAAUCGACAGCAUUUCGCUCCUAGAGGCAGUCGCCAUGAACGACCCGCCCAUCGAUGUAAUUCUCGACGUCGGUGCUCUGAUCAUCGAAAUGAGUAACGCUGAAGUUGCGCGGAAGUGGUUGGAACUCGAGAAAGAUGUAGGGAAACAGGCCACCAUCUUCGUUAACGAGGAGGACGAGCUGCUUGUAGUAAACCGACAGGGCUCUGUAGAGCCAUUUCUGACAUCGCCGUAUGCUAGACACACGGAAUCCUGCCUAGUAUUUCUCGACGAGGCUCAUACCAGGGGUAUUGACAUCUCGCUCCCGGAUCAUUACCGGGCAGCAACGACUCUAGGUCCGCGACUGACUAAAGACAGGCUAGUUCAAGCGUGUAUGAGAAUGAGAAAGCUCGGCAAAGGACAGUCCGUGGUGUUCUUCAUCCCCCACGAGAUACAAGAUAAAAUUAGGAGCUGCAAAGUACUAUCCGCCACCAGUCCCUUAACAAAAGCUGACGUGCUCUGCUGGGCCAUUUCCGAGACCUGGCACGAGACGGAACGUUCGAUUCCUCUCUGGGCACUGCAGGGCCUCAAGCACCAGCGACAGGAAAUUGUCUGGAAUUCUAAGAUCAAGGAAAAAGCCAGUCUCUCCCUCCUGACCGGUACCGACCUGGACGAGUAUUUCGAAGACGAGGCGAUGAGCCUUGAGCAGAGGUACAAACCGAAAAACCAGAAGACUAGCGAACUCUUCGAAUCUCAGAUGAAGAACCCGAAGCUAGAGUCUCGCAGGGCCCAGAUCGAGCUGAUCAGGGACAAGUGCGAGCGCUUCGAGGUGCUAGGCUUCAGCUCAGCCACUCUCCAAGAAGAGCAGGAGCGCGAGCUCGCGCCUGAGAUUGAGCAGGAGCGUCAGAUUGAGAACCCACCUUCGAUGAAACCGUGUAUGCACAAACUCCAUCCUGAAGUCAAAGCACUGGUCCAGCAGGGAACCAUACCAAUCCUGGGGAUGGGGGGUCUCUUACCCGCCUUCCGUUCUCUCCACAAGAGCAGCGCAGCACAGGCGGCCAACAUGAACAUGAGCGAGUUUGGACAAGACCUGUUAGUCACGGCUGAUUUCGCCCGGACCGUUCAUCUCACCUUGGGGUCCUGCUCCGACGCCUUCCAUCGCUCCGUACAUUGGAUUCUGAGUUUGAAACAAUAUCCCCGAGUCCUAGUCAUCCUCAGUCCAUGGGAGGCAAACAAGCUAUUGCCCAAGAUCGAGCUCAGCAAAUACGUUCAUCUGCACUGCUAUGCACCUCGCCCCAACAUGUCAUUUCCGACGUUGCAGGACCUGUCGCUAUUUACGCAGCCGCCGCUCCCCCCCGGCUGGACAGCCCCUCGUCGCGCUGUCAUGCAGAUGUGUCUCUUCGCGGGGGAGUUAUAUUUUGAAUCCAUGCACGAAUACACGGAGCUUUGUGCAUAUCUCGGUCUGUCCUGUGUGCCUAAUGAUGGCGUUUCGAGCGUCGCUGCAGACGGCUUCGUUGGUCGGGGAGGCGCAAGCCCCGAGUGCUGCUUCACGAGCAGUCCUACCAUGUUCUUACGCGCGCUCAUAUCUAAUAUUCGGCGAGACCGGCAGGAUAUUUCUCGAACUCAUGUCGGGCGAAUGCUGGUGGGAGAGAUUCUGACAGAAAAGGAGUUUAUUGAUGAGCCGCGUGGCUAA